UCAUCAGAUCCAUCAGAACUCAACGCGUGCGUCUCCUCCACCUCUCCUCCUUUGCGUGAUACUUCUGGACCAUUUGGGGGGAAUAAGACCUGGUUUAACAAGCUGGACGACCAGGACUUGGAUAUUUCUGCUUCCUUCUUUGUUAUAAGAGGAUAAACUCGCUCGGUGGUCUCCAUGCACGCUUCCCGUCAUCCUUGGUGGAUGAGCUUAUUUGAUUUUUUGGUCACUUCAUCUUCUUAAGAGGUGGUGAUAAAUUGAGCGAGAAAGGGGGAAAGUUUAGUGACGGACAUGGCGAUGGUGGCGUGGAGGAACCCCGACGAGGGGACACUGUCCUCCCCGGUGUCGCACGUCGCUCUGCCGGUGCACGUGAACCCCUCGCCGGCCUCUCUGGAGAUGCCCCCCGCCGCGGCACCACCCACGACCGCCGUCAACAAUAGUUCUUCUUCGUCGUCCUCGUCGUCGUCGGACAAGCAGGCGAGCGCGCACAUCGAGUGCAUCGUCUGCGGCGACAAGUCCAGCGGAAAGCACUACGGCCAGUUCACCUGCGAGGGAUGCAAAAGCUUCUUCAAGCGCAGCGUGCGACGCAACCUCAGCUACACUUGCCGGGCCAGCCGAACCUGCCCGGUCGACCAGCACCACCGCAACCAGUGCCAGUACUGCCGUCUUAAGAAGUGCCUCAAAGUGGGCAUGCGGAGGGAAGGACUGUCUUCUGUGUUGUGCGUGUGGUUAUUUGGUUUAGCGGUGCAGAGAGGGCGGCUCCCCCCGGCGCAGUCGUUCCACGGCCAGUUCUCCCUGAGCAGCAGCGGCGAACCCCUGCAGUGCCACUCGUACCUGUCCGGUUACAUCUCGUUGCUGCUGCGGGCCGAGCCGUACGCCACGUCGCGCUUCGGCUCCCAGUGCCUGCCGGGUGGCGGCGCGGUGGGCAUCGAGAACAUCUGCGAGCUGGCGGCGCGCAUGCUCUUCAGCGCGGUGGAGUGGGCCCGCAACAUCCCCUUCUUCCCUGACCUGCAGGUGUCCGACCAGGUGGCUCUGCUGCGGCUCACCUGGAGCGAGCUGUUCGUGCUCAACGCGGCCCAGUGCGCCAUGCCGGUGCACGUGGCGCCGCUGUUGGCCGCCGCCGGCCUGCACGCAGCGCCCAUGUCGGCCGAGCGCGUGGUAGCCUUCAUGGACCACAUUCGGGUCUUCCAGGAGCAGGUGGAGAAGCUCAAGACGCUGCACGUGGACUCGGCCGAGUACUCGUGCCUCAAGGCCAUCGUGCUGUUCACUACAGAUGCUUGCGGCCUGUCGGACGCAGCGCACGUGGAAGGUCUGCAGGAGAAGUCCCAGUGCGCCCUGGAGGAGUACGUUCGAAGUCAGUACCCCAACCAGCCCAGUCGCUUCGGCCGUCUGCUGCUCCGCCUGCCGUCUCUACGUUCCGUGUCGUCAGCUGUCAUCGAGCAGCUCUUCUUCGUGCGUCUGGUGGGCAAGACGCCCAUCGAGACCCUGAUCCGUGACAUGCUGCUGUCGGGCGGAAGCUUCAACUGGCCUUACGUGCCCGUACAGUAGCGCCCUCUAUAGCUUCUCCAGGAAGGAUUUACAGAGCUCUAGACAUGAUGGAAGUCAUUUUUUAUAGUCAUUUGUGCUAUUGACGCCAAUGGACGUCCAAUCCAUUUUGACUGGGAAAUUUUGACCAGUCAAAAUGGAUUGGACGUCCACUGCCGUCAAUGGCACAAAAGCAUAUCUGGCGCUCUGUGUAAAUUUCUCCCUUUUUUGAGAUUAUCGGACAUUUUUUGCAGUGUCAUCAAAUAUGUAUCGCCACCUGUAUGUGUAUAUUUAUCAUAGUUGGGUUGUUUUUUGUUUCGUUUUUUUAAGCGGCAGGGCUUCUGCGUGAUGUUUUUUGUUGUGGUUUUGUCAAUAUUUGAUUUCAUUUUAUAAAAAUAUCUCAGAUUUAGCACUUUUUUUUCUUUUACGGAAUAAAAAGAUAACACGCAAAGGAAGAGCACAACUCCACACAAAAAGCACACAUAACCUUUGUGCUACUUCUAGCUGUCUUGCAACAAAAAUGCAUUGAAAGCGCGAUAGUAAUGCCAUUACUUUUUUAAAUCGUGAAAAGCAAGUCACAUUGUCACUUUUAUAUACAUUUCUUUUUACAUUGUUGUUGGUUUACAUUAGGGGUCAGCAAACCGCGGCUCUGGAGCCGCAUAGGGCUUUUCAGUGCAGCUCCAGUGGCUCCCUGGAGCUUUUUCAAAAAUGUUUGAAAAUGGAAAAAGAUAGAGGGGGCGGGAAUAUAUUCUUUAGUUUUUAUAUGGUUUCUGUUGGAGGAAAAACAUGACACAUUCUUCCAAUUCAUUAAUAUUGUAAUGAAGUUAAACUUGAGGCGUCAUUGUAGAAUAGAUUAGUCACGUGGUGCGUCAUUCUCUAUAGGAUUCACUGCAGAGAAAAUGAACAUUUAGUGUAUUUUCUGCACUAUAAGGCGCACCUUCAAUGAAUGGCUAAUUUUAAAACAGUUUUCAAGUAUACUAGUAGGGCGUAAUGCAUUAUAAGGCGCAGUAGUAGUAGUAGUAGUGGUGGUAGUGGUUGCCCUUGCGUUAUGCAGCCACAAGAUGGAGCUGAGCUAAACGGAUAACGGAUUUAUAAUAAGUUGACAAUGAGCGUUUUUUUGUUUCCCAUCAUUUAUCAGGGGAAUUCUAAAUCAGGCUGCUUAGGCAAUACUUUUCUCCAAGAUUGUCAUCCAUUGAAUAUGGUAUGCCCACUGGUGUCGUGCCAAUGUAGUUACCCCAGUCAAAAUUUGUAUCCCCUGGGCAGAGCCAUAUUGGAGGUAGAUUUGUGUCUUGAUUAUUCAAUCAAAAAAAGUUGCUUCAAUUAAAAAAAAAAAAAAAAAGUUGCUUCAAUCAAAAUAUAUAUUUUCAACCAAAAAAAGUCACUUUAAUUGAAAAAAAAUAAUAAUAAAUUUGAAACUCAAAAAUAAAAUGCAUGUGAAAGCUAUUUUUCUUUGAUUUUUUUUUUUUUUUUUUUUUUUUUAUUGAAGUGAAGGUUUUUUUGAUUGAAGCAAGGUUGAUUUGUGUUUGGGCCGCAUUUUGGCUAGGACAUUUUUGUCUUUAUUAUUCAAUCAAAAAAUAAGUUGCUUCAAAAAAACUUAUUUUCAAAAUCACUUCAAUCAAAAAACGAAAAAUUUCAAUCAUGGAAAGUUUUUGAAUGCGAAAAAAUAUUUGAGAUUGAAAAAUUUGCUUUUGAACACAUAAUUUUUCAUUGAAAAAGUUUCCUUUGAUUGAAGCAAUCAUUUUUGUGUUUGGGCCAUAUUAUGGGUAGGACAUUUGUGUCUAAAUCAUUUAAUCCCCAAAAAGUUGCCUCAAUCAAAAAAAAAAAAAAAAUUUUUUUUCAAUCAAAGAAAAAAAUCCUUUGAAAAAUAAAAUUGUCCUCCCCUAUUUUUUUUUUUUUUUUUUUUUUUGAAAAUUAUAUGCAGAGCAAAUGACAGUCUAAGUUGCUAGUCACAUGAUCUGAUCGAAAAAAAUAAUUUUGACCCCAUUACAAAAUUUUUUGUUCAUUUCAUUCAUUUUUGUUGUAGUUUUAUUGCUUUACAACUUUGAUAUACUGUAUAUAGAAAAGUCAAUUACAUGCAAUGACACUUUUCGAGGGGCCUGGCCACCCUGCCCCCCCCCCCCCCCUUAAAAUCUGCUCAUGCUUAUAGUGUGGAAAAUACGGUAAUCAUGAAAGCUGUAUUUGUAGAAAAAUUUAGUUAUUUUGAUAGUCAGCUAUUAUAGCUAAUAUAGAUACAUACGGCAUUUGUUGCCUUAUUUAUAAGGCUUUCAAUUUUUUGGCGGCUCCAGACAUAACUGUUUCUUGUUUUGUUUUUUGCUCCAAUAUGGCUCCUUCAACAAUUUGGGUUGUCGACCCCUGGUUUACAUUAAUACUACCCACACAUUGAUACUUGCUUUUUAUUGGACAGCAGUACCAACUAAUUUACUAAAAACAUUUAACCAAAUGUGGCACAUAUUUAUUUUGGUUUGAUGAUGUCACAACAUACAAAUGUGAAAGAAAGAAAAAAGACAUUGCAAGUAAUCAUUUUUUUAUGACUUAAAAUCAUUGAAUUUAUUCAAUCUAAAAAUACAUUUGAGAUGAAAUUUUUUUUUAGAAUGAUGUAGCAAAAUAAUACCAAUUUCUUGUAUUUUUAAUUCUUUUAACUAAAGAAGUAAUGGCAUUACUGAGAUACGUGUGGGUGUGCGUGUGUGUGUACGCACACUCUUUUUGAAUAAACACUGAUGUAAUGUGAAAGCAUAUUUGUUUGCUAUUGUGUUAAAUUAUAACUCAAGAUUUAUACAACUAAAUAAU